CUUCGGCGUCUUGUCUUAAUGUCGUUCUUGCUGUUGUUGGUUUGACCUGUGCCGUUGCCCCCCUCCCCUCACCAGUCCGAGCGACUUCUUUAAUUGCGCAGCUCAUCGCAUGACUACGCCCACCAUGGACGACCUUUCGAGAGCAGAGUAUCCGGCGAUGCUGGCCAGCCUCCAGCCCAACCAAGCAGUACAAAUAUUCUCGGACCGGGUCAAGCGGAUCGCAAAAGUCAACCAGGAAAUUGCGGACUGGCUUCAGGAACGCAGGAGAGUUGAGGAGCAAUAUGUUGCCGGCUUGCGCAAGUUGCUUCUCUUCAAGGUUCCCAAUGCCGCAUCUGAGCUAGGUGUCUUUCAAGCACCAUGGGACAAGAUCCUCUCGUCGACCGAUGGAAUUGCGGCUUCUCACCAGCUAUACGCCCAGCGCAUCGAUAAGGAUGUCGAACAACCCCUUCGCAGCUUCCAGUCCCGCAAGGAGAUGCAGAACAUCAACACCAUCAAUGCCAACCUUCAAACAAUGGCAAAAGAGCUCGACGAUGCUGCCGAAAAGUCCGAAAAGCUUUCCAAGAAGGGUGGGAAGGCCAGGAGCCAAAAAGUGGACGCGGCCGCAUCGAGACUGGAAGCUGCCUCGCAACAAUGGGAAUCGCAGGCGCCGUUUAUCUUCGAAACCCUCCAGGCUCUAGACGAACAAAGGACCAACCACCUACGCGAUGUCUUGACUCAGCUGCAGACCCACGAAGUCGACCAAGCCACUCGGACCCAGGCGGCAGCGGAGGAGGUGUUGAACACGAUGCUCGAGAUUAACACUGGCCUGGAAAUCCACAACUUCGUCUCCAAGGUUACGGCUGGAAGGCCCAAGUUUGAAAGGAGGACGACCACGGCUAGACAAUCGAGCUCUGCUGGCGGAGGGAGCCCGCCCGUGGGACCCCCUCCGGGCACUCCAUUGCACGACGAUGACGGCAUGAGUCAACACUCCGGCUUUAGAGAUCAGUCAGAUUCGAAGCUACGCAGCCGUAUUGGAACAAUGCUAGGACGUCGAAGGCAGAGCAUUCAUGGGGGAUUCGGACAGUUGGGCCCCCCCAAGGCCCUUGGCGCCUUCACUCGCGGCCUUGGUAGUAGUCAUGGUCAGACAUUAUCUCCAGGGGGGUCUUCUCACAAUCUGGCAGAGUCCCAUCCUCACAGGCUGUCGUCCAUGGCCGAAAGACCCUCCACCUCAGAUGAGCGGGUGAAGAGGGACAACAUUAAUGAUUUCUUGCAUGGCGGUACAAAUGGAUUCAACUCUGGGGAUGGACAGGCCGAGUCUAGCCAGCCACGACCGACUCCCAACAACCUCACCAAUGGUACAGCUGAGAAUAUUUUCGAUGCCGCUCCCUCGGCACCUCCCGCCUCUACCCAGCAGUCAGAACCUCAAGAGGAGCCUGCGAAGGAUGCCGAGGGUUAUACCAUUCCUCAGUAUUCCCACGACCCCAUCGCCGAGGCCCAAAAGGAGGCGGCCGCUGAAGAGCCUGAUCACUUGUUCAAGCUCAACAUCCAGAACGAACCCAUUGCGGAAGAGGACCAAGAUGCGAAGCAAGCGGCCCUGUCGAACGUCGCCCAUACACUCACGGCUAUGGGACUCCCGAAUCGCAAGGCAGGAACUGUUAGAGGCAGGAGAGAUGUGCGUCACACCAUGUACAUACCUGCUAUGCCAGUACCGGAUCACCCCGAAAAUCCUUUCCCCUCAUCACCAUCCCUGCCAGCUACAGCUUCAUCCAUUAUUAGGUCUACACCACCGAUAACUCUGGGCUCAGAGCCAAGCCGUGCCUCGCAUGCUUCCGAUAAUCAGUCUAUUCGGUCUGGAACGUCAUAUGGAGCGGGCUCAGCUUACGGUGGCAUUGCACAUCUGAAGCAUCAGGACAUCCACGGACCUGAUUUUGGACCAGGCCUACACUCGUCCAUUAUUGAAACCGUCUCCGCUCUUUUCCAGGAUGGAGAGGCCAAGUCCGUUAAAGUUACUGGUGAAAUCGCUCUCUCAUACAAGUCCGACCCUCAUAACCUCCAGACCGAUAAUCAAAUAAUACGUCUCAACAACUUUGCUCGCCUUGAGUCUAUUGGACCCAAUCGCCUCUUUGUUACUAGCGACGCCACUUCCCCGGAUGAGUUCACCAUUAACACCUCACACCUCACGACUGUAUCCACUCCCGCUUUUACCUACCGAGUCCACGCCGAGAACGAUACCGCCCUCGUGUCCUCUCACUGCCCGAUCAGCAUCAACCCCGUUUGGAAACCCCAGGGAGAUAAGCUUGGUCUUUUGCUUCAGUACCGCGUCAACCCCUCUGUGACGUUGCAGCGCCCUAUCGUCCUGCACAACGUGACCUUUGUCGCGACUUACGAGGGUGCCCGCGCAAGUGGUGUCCAGACCAAGCCUUCCGGCACCCACCUGAAGGAGAAGCAUCUUGUGUACUGGAGAAUUCCCGAGUUGACACUGACGGAUGACUGGGCCAAGAUCAUCUGCCGGGUAAUUGGCGAGCAAAACGGUGAACCACAGCCUGGGCACAUUGAGGUCAGGUGGGAAUACACAGCUCCUCCGGCAGGCGAAGUGGGUAGCGGCAUUUCGGUAUCGAGGCUCGUGGAAGGCAAGGGCAAGGAAAAGGCGGAAGAACAGUCGGAGGAAGAGGAUCCAUUUGCGGAUGACAAGGGACCGAUUUCACCUCCGCUGGGUAAGGACGGCAGGACGUGGGCUGAGGUUCCUCUGUCGAGAAAGUUGAUCGGCGGGAAAUAUGAGGCCAAGUGAAAGUGAAUAGGGGGAUAAGAGGAGAAGAAAAUUGGGACGGAGAGACUGUGGUCAUCUGUGUAGCCAUGUGACGAAAAGCCAUAUGAAAGGGUAAAAAGUGGCUAUCUAAUCUUGUCCGCAAUCUAUCUCUCCAUGUAAUGGAUAUCAUCGUACUUUUU